UGGACAUGCAACGGAAACAGGUAUUGGAGUGGUUAAAAUAUAAAUAAUGUUACAAUACCAGUACCCGGUCCGGCCGUCCACUCCAGAUUGAAACCUCAUACAUUUCUGAACAGACCCAAUAGCACAAAAUGCCGACCGGUACUGGUUUAGCCAAAGCGUUUUUCGCGUUGAUUACUAACACAGUUUACUGCAGCACUUCCCUGGGAAAGGACAACGGUUUCGGGAACAACUACAUCUGGGCGAGCUCUUUAGAAUCUGGUAUACAACUAGCAUCCCGCCAUAAGAAACCCGUGAUGGUCAUCAUACAUAAAUCUUGGUGUAAAGCGUGCAAAAAUCUGAAGCCAAAAUUCGCUAACUGUUCUGAAAUUCAGUCAUUAAGCAGAAAGUUCGUUAUGGUUAAUUUACUAGAUGAUGAGGAACCUGAGAACAAUCUUUAUGCUCCAGAUGGUACUUAUAUACCCAGGAUCCUAUUCAUGUCGCCGCAUGGAAAAGUAGACCACGAAAUCUACAACGAAGACGGUAGCAGCCAGCACAAGUUUUUCUACAGCCGACCGGAACAAAUCGCCAAGUCCAUGAAGAAAGUGCUCGAAAAGUAUAACCUCGAGCAGUUCGAUGUAUGAGCCUUUGUGAAAAUACUGGCAUUACUGAUGUGAAUUCCGAAUAUGGAAAUGUAACUCUUUUCAGUGAUUGGAUGGGCGAGGAACGAAGUGCGGUCUUUGAAUUCGAAUGACCUACUUUUUACCACGCUCCGGCUGCUGCGAAAAGAUUCUGCUUAAGACAUUGACCGAAAUAAACUAGUCAAAUAUAUGUGACGUAGUUCAAUUUUAACAUUCCUCCUAUACCUAUAACAUCAUCAAGCACCAGUGAUAUCUCUUAUCAUGAGCUGAAAGUCGUGAAAUACUCAGAUCACGCCAGC